AUGCACAUCCAUUCAAUUACACGGUUACUGCAAAACGAAAAGAUGAAGUCCAGCCAUUCCCAAAAGGGUGCCGAAUCUAAAGGCACUCAAGCACAGAAUCAAACCAGGUCAGAAGCUCUCACCUCCGACCUCGAGCUUACUGAUGACUCCCCAGAGGAGGUCUAUCCGGAAGGCGGCAUGGCUGCAUAUUUGGUUGUUUUUGGAAGUUUCUGUGCCAUCAUGGGCGGCCUAGGCCUCAUGAACAGCAUUGGCAUCUACCAAUCUUGGAUUUCCACCCACCAACUUCAUGACGUCGAUGAAGGAAAGCUUGCCUGGAUAUUCGGCCUCUUCAAUUUCAUGGUCUUCUUCUGUGGCAUACAGAUUGGCCCUGUUUUCGAUGUUCACGGGCCAACAUGGCUUAUGGCUGUAAGCAUUGUGCUGCAUGCGGCAGUCUUUGUCUCCAUUGGGUUCUGCGAGGAGUACUGGCACUUCCUUGUUGUGAUAGGUCUUGUUGCGGGUUCGGCGACAUCCAUCAUAUUUGUCGUGCCUGUUGCGACAGUGGGACAGUACUUUCAAGCCAAGCGCGGAGCAGCAACUGGUCUGGCCAUGGCUGGAGGCAGUCUUGGAGGCGUCAUUUUCCCCCUCAUAUUCGACAACUUGAGCGAGAGAAUCGGGUUUGCGUGGGCAACUCGUUCAAUCGGGCUAAUAACUAUUGUUCUCUUGAUGGUUGGCUGCCUUCUUGUACGUUCGCGUGUAUCUUUCCGCGAUACCCUGCCAUUGAACAAAAGUAUCUUGCCAGACUUUCGCAUCUUACUACAACACAAUGUGCUCUUGAUGACCAUAGGAGUCUUUUUCAUCGAGUGGGGAUUCUUCAUUGGAUUGGAGUAUGUUGCAUCAUACUCCCUUGCUCACGGCAUUGGCAAGAGGCUGUCAUAUCUCAUGAUUGUGUUUCUCAAUGCCGGUUCCGUUCCAGGCAGGUGGUUGCCUGGAUUAGUCGCCGACAGACUCGGACGGAUGAACACCAUGAUCGCGACAAAUGUAAUUUGCAUUAUCGCCAUCCUGGGCAUAUGGUUACCGGCCAGUGGCAAUGUUGCAGCCGUCAUAGUCUUCUGUGUUGCCUUUGGCUUUGCAAGUGGAAGCAACAUCAGCCUGGUACCUGUUUGCGUGGGCGAAUAUUGUUCCACUCAAGAUUAUGGGCGAUAUUAUUCCACUGUGUACACUGUUGUUAGUCUUGGGGCAUUGGCUGGUGUGCCGAUAGCUGGAGCAAUUCUUGAGAAAUCGCACGGUUCCUAUUCUGGGCUAAUAAUCUUCGCCGGGGUCUCGUAUGUUGCCGGAACUGCUUGCUUCGUUGGGCUCGUUGUCUUGCACCGAUAG